CUACCCCUGCACUACGGGACCCUCCUGGGCAGCAGAGCUUGUGUCCACAUGGCAGCAGCUGCCUGGGGCAGUGGGUUUCUCAAUGCUGUGCUGCACACGGCCAAUACAUUUUCUAUACCACUCUGCCAUGGUAAUGCUGUAGAACAGUUCUUCUGUGACGUUCCCCAGAUCCUCAAGCUCUCCUGCUCAGACACCUACCUCAGGGAAGUUGGGCUUCUUAUAUUAAGCUGUUUUUUAGGUUUUGGCUGUUUUGUUUUCAUUGUGCUGUCCUAUGUGCAGAUCUUCAGGGCUGUGCUGAGGAUCCCCUCUGAGCAGGGACGGCACAAAGCCUUUUCCACGUGCCUCCCUCACCUGGCCGUGGUCUCCCUCCUUGUCAGCACAGGCAUAUUUUCCUACCUGAAGCCCCCCUCCAUCUCUUCCCCAUCCCUGGACCUGGUGGUGGCAGUUCUGUACUCGGUGGUGCCUCCAGCAGUGAACCCCCUCAUCUACAGCAUGAGGAACCAGGAAAUCAUAGAUGCCCUGUGGAAACUAUUUGAAUACAAUCUACUUCAGAUCAAGAAGACCCCCAUUAUCCCACCAGGGCUCCCUCUGUAUUUCAGGAAAAGCCAGGAGUAG